AUCAUAAGAUACAUGUUCUGCAUCAAUAACGUAAAAUAAGAACAUAACAGUGUAGAAAAAUUUUAUAUUUCCAAAUAUUAGAAGAUGAAACAGCUAUAUAUUGAUUGACAUUUGCGAUUAUAAAGUUAUAGUGAAUUCUAUUAAAUAUAUUUACUAUUUCGAAACGCAAAAAGUGAUCGAAAUAUUGUGUAAGAAUUAAAGUUGUAAAAUCGUUGCCAAGUUUACAAGUUUAUUCAUUUAGUGGAAAAUUUUGUGUCUUGUUAUUUAUAAUUUAUUUGUAAAACAAAUAGAUAAAAAAUGGUAGUGCUUAGUAAUUUUCUUGCACCACAAGAAGGAAUACGUCAUGAAGAGCAAAAUACUACCGUGUACAUUAAUGAUAGAGAAGUAGGAAAGGGAACUCUGUAUAUUACAGAAAGCUUACUUUCUUGGGUGAAUUAUGAUACACAACAAGGAUUUUCACUAGAAUAUCCUCAUAUAUCAUUACAUGCCAUAUCACGAGAUGAACAAGUACAUCCAAGACAAUGUUUAUAUAUUAUGGUUGAUGCAAAAGUUGAUCUUCCAGAUGUAUCAUUAUCACCAGCUUCUGAUAGUGGUUCAGAAAAUGAAUUUGAAGAUGCGGAUACACCUAUUACGGAAAUGCGGUUUGCUCCUGACAACACAAAUAAUUUAGAGGCAAUGUUUCAAGCAAUGAAUCAAUGCCAAGCACUUCAUCCUGAUCCACAAGAUAGUUUCUCUGAUGCUGAAGAAGAUAUUUAUGAAGAUGCAGAGGAAGAUGAUUUUGAACAUUAUGAUGUUGGUGCUGGUGAUGCUCCCUACAUUUUACCAACAGAACAAAUAGGUACCAAUCAUAAUGGAACAGAAGCAGAUGAUGCUAUGGAUAUAGAAGCAGGUCAGUUUGAGGAUGCAGAAGAAGAUCUAUAAAGUAUGGAGAUAAUAUAAUGCAAGCACGCAUUUAGUAUUAAUUUAUAAUUACCAGUAUCAUAUACCAUGGUAGAUAUGUGAUAUUAUGGCAGACUGUAUAAGAGAGCAGUAUCAAACAUAAAAACAGCUAACAUUUAUUUAUAUUCAUUUUGUACACGGUAAUAAUUUCUUAGAUAAAAAUAAAUAAUUGUAUAUCAAAUUUAACUCCUUAUUUGUAUGUAUAUUUGUAUUUGUUUUUUAGAAAAUUAUUAAUUUUUUACAUUUAUUUAUACAAUAAAAAUGAAACUUAAUAUAACAAAAUUCUUUGAAAAUAUCUGCAUACGCGCGUGCGAAAGAAAAAUAUAUUAAUAUUUAUGAAAACUUAUCCAUUUUAAAGUAACACAAUUUCGUGAUUAAUUUUAAAUGUAUAUAUAUUGUAUCUUUUUUAUUGUUAAUAAAUGUUUAAGUUAUUAAAAAAAA